CCCGGUGAGGGGACAGAAUCAGUCAUCUGAAUUGAUCUCAAGUAAUUGGAGGCUGAGGGAAGAGAAGUCAAUGGACCAUGAAAAACAGAGCCAACUCUUACCUGUUUGCAAGUAUAAGAGCACAAACAAGCCGGCUACUUCAGCAGAGAGGGAUCAGAGACGAGGUCCACUCAGACCUCAUUGAAUGUUCUCAGGAAUGCCAUCCGAGGUGUUUGUCCGUGGGAUGCUCUACCUGUCCCUCACCGUUGUGGGAGUCCCAGGUAACGCCACCAUCAUCCUGGCAUUCCUCCUCCUGCUGUACCAGGAGAACCGCCUCCUCCCAGCUGAUGCCAUCGUCCUGCACCUGGCCUGCGUCAACCUGCUGGUGGUGGGUGUUCGCUGUCUGCUGGAAACCCUGGCAUCCUUCUACCUGGCCGACAUCUUUGGAGACGUGGGCUGUAAGGCUGUGAUCUUUGUCUACAGAACAUCGCGUUCCCUCUCGAUCUGGCUCACCUUCGUGCUGAGCGCCUAUCAGUGCCUGAGCAUCGCCUCUCCUGGAUCACGCUGGGCCUCCAUCCGUGCCUCUGUAGCCCAGCAUUUAGGCUUUGUGUUCCUCUUCCUGUGGCUCCUCAACACCUGCAUGAGCUCUGCGGCCAUACUCUUCUCCUUCAGCACCAAAACCAACUCCAGCCAAACAAACUAUGGCAUCAAUGUACAAUUCUGCUACCUUCCCUUCCCUUCAAAGUUGUCCAAACAGGCAAACGGGGCAGCCCAGGUGGGCAGAGAUGUGGUGCCCAUGGCCCUCAUGACCCUCGCCAGUUUGAUCAUCCUGGUCUUUCUUUACAAGCACAGCCAGCAGGUGAAGGGACUCCGCAGCAGCAGCGGCGGCGCUGGUGGGGGAAGCGGUGGCGCAGAGCAACGGGCUGCUAAAGCCGUGGUAGCACUCGUGACCUUAUAUGUGGUUCUUUAUGGGGUAGAUAACGGGCUUUGGGUGUACACGCUCACUGUGAGGAAGACCAUGACUUCCUCGCUGAUCUCUGACCUGCGUAUAUUCUUUUCCUCGCUCUACGCAGCGCUGAGCCCAGUGGUCAUCAUUGCAUCUAACAGGAAGGUGAACAGCAGGCUGAGGUGUGUAGUGCAGGAGAAGGCUGUGCAGGAGAAGGUCACGUGUGUUUCUACUGUGUGAGGCCUGCUGGACAUCUGAUCACUGACUAAAGGGGAGAGACUGCAGGUGAAUAGAGUACAAAUUAUAAUGCACAGAUAUCACCAUAAAAGUUAAUUACUUAAAUUAAGACAAUUAUUUUUUGACUUUUUUUUUUAAUCACUCCCUUAAUUAUAAUACUGUCAACAGCUGUAUGAAAUCCAUUUUCGCCCUGUUUUUAGGAAUAAAACAUCAUA